GGUUUCCUUUUGAUUAGAUAGGACACAAAUGGGCUUUGCCCAUUCUCAUCACCAAACUUUUGGGCAUUAAUUGUUCUGUCUGUCACAUUGUCUCUGCAAAUGGAUCCAAUGCAUCAGUCGAAAGCUUAUUUAUUCUGCCUAGCCAUAAUUGCAAAAGCAAGAAGAUCGCAACGUUGUUUGAGAAAACGAAGGUACUCCAUCAAUAGAUAGUUGGAAAAUCGCACCCAUGGAAAAUAGUAGAGAUGGCCAAGUUCACAAGCUACACGGGAAGGAUUACGUAGACCCGCCACCGGCUCGCUUGUUGGACAUGGGAGAGCUUAAGAGCUGGUCCUUUUACAGAGCUCUCCUAGCUGAGUUCGUUGCUGUCCUUUUAUUUCUUUACAUCUUAGUUGCCACUGUUAUCGGUCGCAAAAGGCAAACAGGCCCCUGUGAUGGUGUUGGUCCUCUUGGUAUUGCUUGGGCUGUCGGUGGCAUGAUCUUCGUUCUCGUCUACUGCACCGCCGGCAUCUCUGGUGGUCACAUUAAUCCGGCUGUUACGUUUGGGUUGUUCGUGGCCCGGAAGGUUUCAUUGGUUCGAGCGGUGGCCUACAUGGUUGCGCAAUGCUUGGGAGCUAUUUGUGGCGCAGGUUUAGCAAAGGCCUUGAUGAGGAACUCCUACAAUAGACUAGGGGGAGGUGCCAACUUCGUGGCUCCUGGUUACUCAAAAAAUACCGCUUUGGGAGCAGAGAUCAUUGGCACUUUCGUCCUUGUCUACACCGUUUUCUCCGCCACCGAUCCCAAAAGAAACGCACGUGACUCCUAUGUCCCUGUGUUGGCUCCCCUGCCAAUAGGCUUUGCUGUGUUUGUGGUGCACCUGGCCACCAUUCCAAUCACUGGCACUGGCAUAAACCCGGCUAGGAGUCUUGGUGCGGCUGUGAUCUACAACAAUGAAAAAGCCUGGGAUGAUCAGUGGAUAUUUUGGGUUGGACCUUUCAUUGGAGCGCUUGCUGCAGCAGCAUAUCAUCAAUACAUACUCAGAGCUUCCGCCAUUAAAGCUUUGAAAUCCUUCCAUAGCAACCCUACAAAUUAAAGCCCUAGUCUGGUCCCCCAGGACCCUGGCUCCGUAGAUGCUGUCUAUGUAUAUUUGUUUUAGAUAAUUUAUAUGUUUUUCUAUGUGUUCUCUCAGUGUUAGCACUUGUUAAUUAUAAGUUGUAACUCGUAACAUUACUGGUUGAACUUUUUGUUAAAUGGUUCUUGAAAUAAAGGGAAAAAAGUCAGUGGAGUAGGUAUGGAAAUAUGAAUACCAGGCUUCUCUAAUUAAUGUAUCGCGACCGACAUGCUGAACAUUCCUGCCUAUUUUCUUUUGCAUGCCUUGUAUUGGCUGCCAGCCGAGCCUUGGGGCUUUUUUUUUUCUUUUUAUUAACGAAGUUGGGGAACUCAUUUUCUUGCAUUAAAAGACCGCAUUUCCUGGCUAGACGCCCCGCAGAUGCCCUUUUCAGUCGUGUAAUCUAGUGACUUUCGGAUUUAACAAUAUAGUAUAAAUCUAUUUAUUUGAGUUGGCAGUGAAAUUAACGUUGGAACAAUGAUGAGAAACUACGGAGACCGCUGAUAUGUCACCGGUAGGCUGAUCAAAGUGUGGAGAUAGGAAGUAUUUCAUAAUGGCAGAGCAACUCUUACCCCUACAGGCUACAAGGUUAAGGUCAAAAUGCAAUGCUUUUGGAUGCACGGAAAAGGAGCUCCCAGAUAAGUUAGUGACACCGACUAAGGUCAAUUGAUUAAACAGAGAAGAGACAAGGAGGAAGACCCCAUAUAUGGAUUAUGCCAAAAAUCCCACUAUAACAUCUUGUCGGGUACUCUGUUUGCACUUUAAAUGCAUCCGAUCCAGCUACAUAAGCAGCCCUUGAUAAUGUGCAUUUCA